AUGUUCAAAAGUCGCGGAGAUAUUGUUUAUAAAUGCACGGUGAGACUUUUGGAGGAUACAGAAAUAUUAGAAUGUGAAUUUCAUCCAAGUUAUAAAGGAAAAUUUUUGUUGGAGCAUGUAUGUCAACAGUUGAAUCUUACUGAGACUGAUUAUUUUGGACUUCGGUAUGUGGACGCUGGUGGACAAAGGCAUUGGCUUCACAUGGCAAAAUUAAUACUGAAACAAGUAAAAGAUGCAUCACCAAUACUAUUCAGUUUUCGAGUGAAAUUCUACCCUCCAAAUCCCUUACUACUAAAAGAAGAUGUCACAAGGUUUCAGAUAUAUUUACAACUCAAAAGAGAUCUGUUGCAUGGAAGGUUAUAUUGUACAGCCAAUGAAGCGGCAAUGCUGGGGGCACUUAUUAUUCAAAUCGAACUUGGUGAUUACGAUCCGAACAUUCACGUUGGGAAUUACGUAACAGAAAUGAGGUUGUUACUGAGACAAACGGAAGUAAUUGAAGCGAGGAUACAGGAGCUACACAGAGAGCCGGUGGAGGGUACACCGGGUGGGAGCGGCGGGGUUAAAGGCAUGACGACACAAGAGGCGGAGCGCACCUUCCUUAAGAUCGCCUGCCAACUGGACACAUACGGAGUCGACCCACAUCCUGUCAAGCAGGACCAUCGAGGUAACCAGCUGUACCUGGGCAUCAACCACAGCGGCAUCCUCAUCUUUCAAGGUAGUAGAAAGACGCACCACUUUAAAUGGUCCGAAGUGCACAAAAUCAACUUCGAAGGACGGAUGUUCAUCGUGCAUUUAAAUUACCCAGAGAAGAAACACACUGUUGGGUUCAAAUGUCCGAGCGGAGCGGCCUGCAGGCAUGUCUGGUGUUGUGCCAUAGAGCAGAUGUUGUUUUUUACGUUGCCUUCAUCAUCAGACGCAUGCGUUUACUCCGGUGGCGGUCUGUUUUCGUGGGGCACUAAGUUUAAAUACUUCGGUCGUACGGAACGAGAGAUAUUAGAAAGGGACGGCUUACUAGCACCUAGAGAUUCUCAGGACGACCCGACUACAGGAGGCAAGAGAAAAGCGUCCAGCGUGCCAGCCACCCCAUCUACACCUAUGAUUGGAGACUUUGGCUACAGCAGCCUGCCGCGCUCCACGCACAGCGCGCCGCUGGAGGAGAGCGCGGGCGAGGGGGGCGGCGGGGGGGACGCUCGCGCUUGCAACGGCGCGUGCUUGCUGAGCGGGCCCGCCGUAGACAUCGCGCUCGCGUGCUGCGACCACCCGCGCGCCAACGACGAGCCCAAACCGCCCGCGCUUUCAACCGAAUACAGACUCCGAGAGUCGUUCGAGCAGUCGUCCUCCGAGUCGGGCGCCACGUCCGCAGCGCCCGGCUCCGAGCUGGCCGCUGGGGCGCCGCGCCUCGCCGCGCCCGCCACGCCCAUGUUGGCGCCCCGCCCCUUCAGCUUACUGCGAGCGUUCGUCCCAUCCUUCGCCCUGGCUUGGUUAGCUCUCGCGCUGCUAGCCCUACUGCUUUUUGAAACCGAAUGGGCGCCUCUACGAGCUUUGAGACGCAAACCGGAGUUGUUGGCCCUCCGCACGUAUUACUACGCGCCGCUAAAGGAUUACUUCAAACGGAAGCUGUUGGAGCUGUUUUGA